AGCGACCAUUCCUUUUGCUUUCAAGGGUGCGGAAGGAUAGCUGCGGCCCAUAGCAACGUGCUGCCAUCUGAACCUUGAAAAGUCUGUACAGGGGUGAAGGAAGGAGCACCAGGGAAACGGGGCGAAAUGGUGAUGGUGGGCAAGACUAGUGCAAUUGCUGCUGGAGUGUGCGGGGCCCUGUUCCUUGGUUACUGCAUUUAUUUCGAUAGGAAGAGAAGAAGUGACCCGAACUUCAAGAACAGGCUGCGAGAGAAGAGACAAAAACAGAAGCUUGCAAAAGAGAGAGCAGGACAGUCAAAGUUGCCUGAUCUUAAAGAUGCGGAAGCCGUGCAGAAAUUUUUCCUUGAAGAAAUUCAACUUGGAGAGGAGUUACUAGCACAAGGCGAAUUUGAAAAGGGUGUUGAUCACUUAACAAAUGCCAUUGCUGUGUGUGGACAGCCUCAGCAACUGCUGCAAGUUUUACAACAGACCCUCCCACCACCUGUUUUCCAGAUGCUUCUGACUAAACUCCCAAGUAUCACUCAAAGGAUUGUGAGUUCUCAGAAUCUGGCAGAAGAUGAUGUGGAAUAAGUUAUUACAACACUCAAAAGCAAUUUUUCUCAUUGCUGCAGUAUAUGUGAAGGCAUGAUGCUGGACAGUAAAACUAAACACAAGAAACAAUUCCAAGGUUUUACCUAUGUAUAGACUAGAAUGGCAGGGUUUUUAUUUAUUGUUUCAGUAAAUGUGUAUUUGAUAAUUCAUAUUUUGAUAAUGCACAGCAAGUUACGUGUAAAUUUUACAUUUCGUAUAAAAGAACUGGUUAUAAUGUACAUAUCAUAAAUGGGUUUUUUUUUUUUAUUUUAGUUUUUUUUUUUUUAUAUAAGGCAAUAAAAAGAAUCCUCCCUUUUUGAGAAUGCAAACCUAAAAUCAGUGUUACUUCCUAGGUAAGAAGUAGUAAAAUGGCAGUAAUCUUCUUUAAGACAUAGCAUGGAAUGUGUUGGUACAUGUAAUGAUAAAAAAAAAAAAAGUAUUUACUGAACAUUAAUGAACAAUUGCCAGAAGUUACAUAUUUGGGUUAUGUGAUGAUUUGCUAAAAUACAAAACAUUUUUCAACAUAUUUUGUCUGUAAUUAUUCAUGUCUCAUAGUACUAUCAUUUUAAAAAGAAAAAUGCCCCAUAAAAAAUAUUUUGGAUUGUUUCUUCAGCUCAUUCCAAAUGGUCAAAAGUGAUUUGGAAUGUUACGUAGUAGCACAGAAAUAAACUAUUAUUAAACUCAUAAA